AGCUGAGGUUUGAGAUCUCCCUCCCAAUCUCAGGCAACCACACAGAGCUCAGCUCCGCCAUGGAUCCGCUAAUGCUCCUCCGCGAGUACACAAUCCGGAACGAGCUCGAUCGGAUCUCCCGAGUAGGAGACGAGUUCCGGUUCGGGAAUGACUACUCAUUCCCCUGCGCAAUAGAGACCGGCUACCGCUCCAAGCAGGGGAAUCGGUAUACUCUCGAAACCCUAGUCCACUUCAUCACCAACACCCAGGUCAAGCACACCGACUACAUCCAGCACGCCCGCUCAAAUAGGAUCCAUCCCGUCACCCUCCCCGACCGCAAACCCCUGGUCGAUUACCUCACCGGAAAAAUAUCUUCUUCCGAUUCCAUCGAGUUCAUCAAGUACGAAACGGGUUCUGCUCCUGCGGCUCCUCCAGUGGCUGGCGCUGCGGCUGAGAACAGCCACACUGCAUAUGCCGAGGCUAACAAUUUGCCUGAUUCCUGGGUUUUGGAUGACCACAUCCAAAACCCUAUCGAAAUGAUUCGAGCUAUCGAGAAGCCUUUGAAGGAUCGGGAGUCAAUCUUGCUGUGUAGGAACCGGGAUUUCUAUUCCGUAUUUACUGCAGCUGUGCGGAGGGAUGAGGAGAGGCAGAGGGAGGAGGCUUUGCAGAGGAAGGAUGGAUUGGUGGCGAAAAGUAGGUUGGAGAGAGGGAUUGGGUACGUGGGUGGUGAGGAUAUGGGUUAUGAUGGAACUGCGAAGGCAGCCAUGCAUUAUAAGGGGGGUAAGGUUGGGGAGGGAGUCCCAAUCAUUCUGGUUCCCAGUGCAUGUUCUACUUUGAUUACUAUUUACAAUGUGAAAGAGUUUCUGGAGGAUGGGGUGUACAUUCCAACUGAUGUGAAGUUGAAGCAGAUGAAUGGUCAAAAGCCGGAUUGUGUGACUGUGCGGAAGAAGAUCAGUAGAGAUCGGGUUGUUACAGCCUAUGAGGUCAGGGACAAGCCAUCUGCAUUGAAGACUGAUGACUGGGAUCGGGUGGUUGCUGUUUUUGUCCUGGGGAAGGAUUGGCAGUUCAAAAGUUGGCCUUUUAAGGAUCAUGUUGAAAUCUUCAACAAGAUUAUUGGUUUCUACUUACGCUUUGAGGAUGACAGCGUGGAAUCUGCAAAGACGGUGAAGCAGUGGAAUGUCAAGAUUAUUUCGAUUAGUAAGAAUAAGCGACACCAGGACAGAGCAGCAGCCCUUGAGGUCUGGGACAAGCUUGAAGAAUUUAUGCAGUCUCGAUCACGUUGAGGACUUUCAAAUUCAGUAUUGUGCUAGGCAAACGCUGAAUUCAAAUGUGUGGAGACUGAUUGUGUGGGUCCCAUGCCAACAUGAUGAUGGCACCUGAUAUAAAACAUUGUAACUUGAACAAUCUAUUCCGUGUGGGCAAGUAGUGUUCUAAGCUGCGCUCUUGCACAUUAAACUACCCGGAAAAGACCUCGGGUUCGAAGUUGAGCUGUCCAAAAGCUGGCUGUGAUCAAUCGUCUGGGGCAAUAACCCGACAUCAGGUGCCAUUCCUUUCGUGUGAAGUUAGCUAAUAUUGGUGUAGGAAUAGUCUUAAAAGUCUUUAAUUAAUUUUCUUGUUUCUGAAAGCAUAUUGGACCAACUCAUGUGGAAUGGGGACGAGUUUAACCUCCUCGUCCAAAAUGUAAUGCUGUUCAUUUUCUGUAUAUAGCAUUUUUGUUGCUCAGGAUAAAUCCUUCUCUAAAUUAGUCGUAUGUUCGCUACUCUUCUAUUUAUG